AUGAGACUGCUACAAGUUUUCAUAUCCGCCGCAGCCUUGGGUGUGGCGGUAAAUUCGACAGCGCCGGCCGCUACAGUCGCUGGCAUCCACGCUCUGGCCAGCCGCCUACUGGGCAACCGUGAUGACCAAUUCGAGUUCCAUCUGGCCGAGAAACAUGAAAAAUGGUCCAGGUACAACGUCCCAGCCAAUGACAACUACACCGUGACGUCGAGUGGUGGCAAGAUUCGUGUUGAGGGGACCACACUCAGUGCGCUGGCCAGAGGCUUACGACAUUACGCCAACGAGGCCCUCAGACUUGACGAAUACUGGUUUAUCAACAGUACGGUAAAGGUACCCGAGAGGCUGCCGAAGCCGAAAGCUGCCCUUUCAGGUGCCAGUACUGUCCCAUGGCGAUACAACCUCAACACAGUAACAUUUGGAUAUACCUUUGUCUGGUACUCCUGGUCGGACUGGGAGAAACUCCUGGAUUGGGCUGCCUUGCGUGGCGUCAACAUUCAGCUCGCAUGGGUUGGCUAUGAGAAGAUAUAUCUGGAUAGCUUCUUAAAACUAGGGCUGAAGGAGGAUGACAUACUAAAAUUCUUCAGUGGCGCCGCUUUCCAACCGUGGAACCGGUUCGGUAAUGUCCACGGCACAUGGGGCGGCGAGGGUCUGCUCUCACGCGAGUGGAUAGACCAGCAGUUUGCGCUCCAAAAAAAGAUCGUAGCUCGCAUGGUUGAGCUCGGCAUCACGCCUGUACUUCCCGGGUUUCCUGGUUUUGUACCAGAUGCGCUACGGCACCUGCGGCCGAAAGCCGACAUUGUCCAGGCGCCGGCCUGGUCAGGCUUUCCGGACAACAACACACGCACAGCAUUCCUAAACCCGACUGAUGUUCUCUACGCGGAGCUGCAAAAGUCAUUCAUCGAAGUCCAAAUCAAAGAAUUCGGGAACGUCACCAACAUCUACACUGUUGACCAAUUCAAUGAAAUUGACCCUGGGUCUGAUAGCAUAAAGGCACUAGCAAACAUCUCAUCCCAGACCUACAAUGGAAUCACCGCCGCCAACCCAGCAGCGAUUUGGCUCAUGCAAGGUUGGCUGUUUUAUAGUGGCAAUUCUUUCUGGACUCGGGAGCGAGUUGAGGCGUACUUGGGUGGCCCCCCGCACAAAGACGACAUGCUUCUUCUCGACCUCUACUCCGAGAGCCAGCCUCAGUGGCAGCGGACGAAUAGCUACGCCGGACGACCAUGGAUCUGGUGCGAGUUGCACGAUUUCGGCGGAAAUCAGGCUUUUUACGGUGCCAUUUCGAAUGUUACUGAAAAUUCGGUUGCUGCGUUAGCGGAAUCUGACACUCUUGUCGGCUAUGGGCUCACACCCGAGGGCUAUGAAGGCAACGAGGUCGUAUACGACUUGAUGCUUGAUCAGGCAUGGGAGGAACUCCCCAUAGACACAAAAAAGUACUUUCACAAGUGGACGAGCCUGCGGUACGGCGCUGAAGAGUCCAUCCCGGAAGAAGUAUUCAGAGCUUGGGAGCUCCUACGUGAUAAUGCCUACGAUGUCAAGGAUGCCGCCAUCCCCGCAGUUGGAGUCUCCAUCUAUCAGAUCAUGCCUUCUCUUAACGGUCUCACAAACCGUACGGGCCACUACCCUUCGCCUACAGCACUUCCAUACGAUCCCAUGAUAAUGAAGGAAGUUUGGCGGCUCUUCUACAACGCCACGCUGAAAGCAUCACGACUAUUGGCCAUGCCGUCUUUCCAUCUCGACUUCGUGGAUGUUACUCGCCAGCUCAUGGGGAAUGCCUAUAUAGAUUUGUACCACGAUCUUAUCCACACAUUCAAAACGAGUGAGAACGCCACAUUGGUUCAAGAGCGGGGAAGCAAUAUGCUCUCGUUUCUGAAAGGUCUGGACGCAGUACUCAAUACGGAUGAAAAUUUCACGUUUGAAAAGUGGCUCAACGACGCAAAAGCUUGGGGCGAGACCACUGGGGCUCUCGAUGCGAUGGCCUUCAACGCGCGCAGCCAAGUGACAGUCUGGGGCAUUCAGUCCGAACUGGACGACUACGCUGCGAAGGCGUGGUCAGGUCUCGUCAAGUCGUACUACGGCAAGCGAUGGCAGAUAUUUGUCGACGCUUUGGUCGAUGCCAAGAAGCAAAAGGCUGACCUAGAUGAGGCAGCUGUGCAAAACAGGAUUCGCGACUUCGAGGUGUCUUGGCAGUAUCGCGGAUAUCGCCAGGAGACUUGCGAGACGAGGGGAGAUAUUCAAACUGUCAUCAAGAAGCUCACCAAGCGUUGGCCAACUGUAUUUCUCUAA